GAAGGGUGGCAAGUAUUCUGCCUUUGACAACCAUCGACAGUUCCUCGAAGAAGGGCAUGUAUUUAGAGAAGACAAAAAGCACUUCACGAAAGACAAAGUUGUCAGUGAAGUAAACAAGAUCCCAACGUUCGAUGGUACAGCUGUUGUUGCCGAGCUACUUGCUCUAAAGGCUAAGCCCAAUGGCAAAGGUUUUGUGGGAUAUGGUGAGACACACAACUGGACCCACAUUCCAGGCUUAACGCAACUCCCCUAUUACGAGCACCUCAAACUUCCUCAUAACAUUGAUGUGAUGCACACUGAAAAGAAUGUUGCAGAGUCCCUCUUUCACACAGUCCUGAACAUUCCUGAGAAGACAAAGGACAAUGUCAAAGCUAGAGUCGAUCAAGAGAGGCUUUGUGAUAGAAAAAACCUAAACAUGCGGCCUCCCCAGGCAAAUCGAAGAAAUUGGGUCAAGCCAGAUGCUGACUUCUGCCUUCAAGGUCCCCACAAGAAGGAGGCAUUCCAGUGGCUCAAAUACACCCUUAGGUUCCCUGAUGGUUAUUGUUCGAAUAUGAGUAAGGGAGUCAAUGUUUUAACCGGUCGAGUCACCGGGCUCAAGAGUCAUGACUAUCACAUAUGGAUUGAGCGGGUAAUGCCGGUGAUGGUUCGAGGCUAUAUCCCCGAGCGUGUCUGGCGAGUGCUUGCGGAGUUGAGCCAUUUCUUCCGCACACUUUGUGCUAAAGAAAUAUGCCCCAAGAUGAUGAAAAAGUUGCAUGAUAAAGUGCCAGAGUUGCUAUACAAGUUAGAGAUGAUCUUUCCGCCAGGCUUCUUUACUCCGAUGGCACAUCUCAUUUUGCAUCUCGCGAAUGAGGCAAUCUUGGGGGGACCGGUCCAGUUUCGUUGGCAGUUUUGCAUUGAGAGAAUAUUUAAGUUCAUUCGAAAGAAAUGUGGAAACAAAGCUAAGAUUGAAGCCUCUAUAGCCGAGGCAUAUAUCCUUGAGGAGGUGUCAGAUGUCACGACGACGUACUAUGCCGAUAAUGUCCCGACUCUUCAUAAUAAGCUCUCUCGGUACAAUGUCGACGAGCCCAAGUAUGAACCCAAGCUCACCCUCUUCCAAGGGAAAGGUGGCAAGGCCGGUGGCUCAAAAAAUUAUACCUUGACCAAGAAAGAGUGGGAGGACAUCAUGUUCUAUGUGUUGAUUAACAUUGAGGAAGUAGCGGAGUCGUUCAUGAGGUAAAAUGGCGAACAAAUUACUUUGUAACUAGUAAAUCGAUUUCGUACUAAUACGUAGUUUCUUCUUUUAGCCAAUUCGUCGAUGAGGAGUGGCCGGAAAGGAGGUAUCCUAAUGCCACGGAGCUGGAUAAUCUUCUAAGAAAGGG